AUGAUCGGCACGGAGGUGUUCCUGGUGACGGUCCUGUCAGUCGUCCUGCUGCCCGGGGAGGCCUUUGUAGUGACCAGGGGCUGUGAGACGGACCUGGACUGUGUUGUGGCGGGAGUGGGAGGGUGCUGCGCCCGGUGGAACCCCUACCUCAGCCUCAAGACGUGCAAGCCGCUGGGCAGGAGAGGUGAGAGAUGUCACACCGCCACCAACAACAUCCCCUACCCGUACGAUGGCCAGCGGAAGUACUGGCGCUGCCCGUGCGAAAGAUCCCUGUCCUGCAUGGCGGUAGGAAACAGCCCAGUCGGCUUCUGCCGAGCUCCUCUCUCGGGGCAAGGCGCAACCUACGCCGGGAAGCAUGGCCACUCCGUCACGGUGCCUUUGGAGGACGGCACGGAGCUGGUCAAGCUGGUGGAGACGAAACGAAAGAGCGGUUUAUCUGGUAAAAACAGGGGCGUUCUUGUGGAUAGGAAGGACUAUACAGACUUACAUGAGUAUUUUGAUGAUCGUGCACCCACACACGAUGCUGAUUAUAUCGGUUAACAUGUGUAUUACAUG